ACUCUACAGUCUAGACUGAAGAAGCUGUCUCUUCGUGCCCUCUCUCUCUGGUUUUCACUUUCUCUUCUCCCUUUCACAAACCAGAAACCAAGAGGUGAAAGAAUUGUAUUUUCUUAUAAUUUAUUCCACAGCUUCCAUUGUUUGCUAGGAGUAUGGCUUCAGCCAUUACAAACCUACCUCCCUCAUUUCUCUUCCAUGGAAGAAAAACCCUGUUCAGAAAUGUUAGGAACCUUCCAGCUUCUGCCGUCAGAGAGCAAAAGAGACACUUGAAGGUUGUUGUGAAGGCUACUGGGGAAACCCCUGAAACUUCAUCCUCCCUGAGUAUUGUGGAAUCUGUUCAAGAUUUCUGGGAUAAGUCUGAAGAUCGAGUUGCACUUGUUGGCUUAGGAUUUGCGGGUGCAGUAGUUCUGUGGGCAAUUGCCAAUCUUGUCAUGGCCAUCGACAAACUUCCUCUAAUCCCAAAUGCACUAGAAUUCAUUGGCAUAUGGUUUUCUUGGUGGUUCAUGUAUCGUUAUCUCUUAUUCAAAGCAGAUCGGGAAGAGUUGUUCCGAGUUGUCAACACGUCACUAUCAGAUAUUUUGGGCCUGUAAUACGUUCACUGCAUGGAACAGUUGGGAAACAAUCAGAAGGGUUUUGGGGGCCUAAUGUAACUGAGGGUGUGUGUGUGUUUUCUGUACAGGUUAAUAAAUAGGCAUCUAAAAUGUGUAUCAGCAGCAGGUACCCACUGACUGGUUGUAGGAUACUCCCCCCCCCAGGUUUUUAUUUUGCAUAGUCUGGAUCUGAUGGUAAAUUAGUAAAAUAUUUUUGAGGUUUUUACUGU